UAAAUGCGGGGCGGCGCGGCGGCUCCACCGCUCCUGCUGUCCUCGGCACCGUGCUYGGAACACGCAGUCGGCCGCCAUGGUCGAGGCUUUCUGCGCCACCUGGAAGUUGGUGGAUAGCCACAACUUCGAUGAGUACAUGAAGGCACUGGGAGUGGGGUUUGCAACACGGCAGGUGGGGAAUGUGACUAAACCCACUGUGAUUAUCAGCAGCGAGGGAGACAAAGUAGUGAUCAGGACUCAAAGCACUUUCAAAAACACAGAAAUCAGCUUUAAACUUGGAGAGGAAUUUGAGGAAACUACUCCUGAUGACAGAAACUGCAAAUCAGUUGUGACCCUGGAUGGAGAGAAGCUAGUGCACGUACAGAAAUGGGAUGGCAAAGAGACAAACUUUGUGAGAGAAAUAAAGGAUGGCAAAAUGGUAAUGACUCUCACCUUUGGUGAUGUGGUUGCUGUUCGCCACUAUGAGAAAGCGUAGAGUUUACCUGACCUCUGUUCAGAUGUUACUUCUGCUGGAUGGAUUAAUGUCCUGUCCAUAACUGAUCGUAGCUAAAAUGCACAUUUCUGGCAUGAAAGGUUAAUAAAGAUUGGGGGGGCGCGUUGGGGGGGGGGGCAAGGUGGGAGUGGGGAGCUGUUUUUUAUAAAAAAGAAUAUGCCAUCAAAUUGGCAUGCUUGUGCUGUAUAGUGAAAYAGGUUAAACUUGGCAUUAAAUUUCUGAAACACUUGCCUCUCAAUUUUUUUUACAGUAAAUGGAACAUAUUUGAACUGUUUUGGAAUGCAGAUCAAACAAAUUAAAACAUUUUUUAAACCUGUG